UUGAAUUUAGUAUUGUGCCAGUCGGGGGGGUGGUGACAUAUUUUAUUUAACCCGUCAUCACCAUAAUUUUGUGAAUUUGUUGAAAAAAGGAAAAUUAGUGCCGUGUCGAGGUGUGGAUAGUUUAUGUCAGGACUGAACGUGAAAAUGGCGGGUCAGACUAUAAACGAUAGGCUUUUAGCCGCUCGCCACAGUAUAGCCGGGCAAGGCUUAGCAAAAUCGGUAUGCAAAGCCACUACGGAAGAAAUGAUCGCACCCAAAAAGAAACAUUUAGAUUAUCUAGUCCACUGCACAAACGAGCCAAAUGUCUCGAUACCGCAGCUCGCCAACUUGCUCGUCGAGCGAACACAGAACACCAAUUGGGUGGUGGUGUAUAAAGCGCUCAUCACAGUACAUCAUCUACUUGCAUAUGGGAAUGAGAGGUUCACACAAUAUCUAGCAUCAAGUAAUUCAACGUUUCAACUAAGUAAUUUUCUAGAUAAAAGCGGAGUUCAAGGCGCGGCCGGUGCGCGGAUCGGCUAUGACAUGUCGCCAUUCAUCCGGCGUUAUGCCAAGUACAUGAAUGAGAAGGCUCUGUCUUACCGGACGGUCGCUUUUGACUUCUGCAAAGUCAAAAGGGGGAAGGAGGAAGGCUCUCUCCGUAUGAUGAACGCAGAGAAGCUGCUAAAAACGCUGCCAGUCCUGCAGGCACAGCUGGACGCGCUGCUGGAGUUCGACUGCAACGCCAACGACCUCACCAACGGCGUCAUCAACAUGUGCUUCAUGCUGCUCUUCAGAGAUCUCAUCAGAUUGUUCGCAUGCUACAACGAUGGCAUCAUCAACUUACUGGAGAAAUACUUCGACAUGAACAAGAAAAACUGCCGCGACGCUCUCGACCUCUAUAAGAAGUUCCUCAUCAGAAUGGAUAGGGUCGGAGAGUUCCUUAAGGUGGCAGAGAACGUGGGCAUAGACAAGGGUGACAUUCCGGAUCUCACGAAGGCGCCGAGUAGCUUGUUAGACGCGCUCGAAGGACAUUUAAACACACUGGAGGGCAAAAAGGGCUCCGCCGCUAACACUCCCACGCAGACUGCCAGCGCCCAAAAGAACGUGGCCUCCGUUAUGGGAGCGCUAUCAUCCACGUCCUCAUCUUUCGGCAACGUAGCGGCCUCGUCGCGACUCGACAAGGCAUCGAACGGCGCCGGCCUCUUCAUAGACGACCCGCUGGCCCAGCAGGCGCUGGCAGAAGAAGAAGCCGCAAUGAAUCAAUACAAGGUGAAUUUAUUACAAGGGGAUGAAUGGACGGGCGAGGAAGACAUUUCCGUCAUUAUAAAUAAAGUUCAGUCUCCGACGAACGCGGCAAACAACCCGUUCCUCUCGUCCGCACCGCCCGCCAACCAGAACCAGUCCAUCGUGGAUCUGUUCGGGCCCACGCCGGCGGACGGCGCCAGCGCCGCCAGCAAAGCCUCGGACGACUUGCUGUCGCUCGGCAACCCGUUUGCUGACAUGUUUGGAGCGGCCCCACAACCGGCGCCGGUGUGGCCCCAGCAACCGACCAACGGUUUCACGCCGUUCCCGCCGCAGCAGAACAACACUUUCGUCUCUGAGGCUAACUUCUCUAACGUUUUCAAUAACACUGAUACCACAGCUGCCGCGGCAAACCCUUUCAUGGGUAUGGGAGACCCCACUCAACCCAUCUCCGCCUCCCCCGCGCGCCCGCCGCCGCCGGCGCAUCCCCCCCAACCUAAAUCCGCGUUCGACGAUCUCGAAGACGUCAUGCGAAUGUCUCUGGGGGGCUCCCCCGCCAAAUCCCAACCGAUAACCCAACAACCGCAGCCGAUGGCAGCCGCGCCGCCCUUCGGUGACGUCAUGGCCAUGGGCGCUCCGCAGCCGAUGAUGUUCGGCUCGCCCGCGAGACAACCGAUGGUGCCGAUGUCAGCUAUGGGUCAGCAGCAGCAGCAGCAGCAACCCAAUAAAGUGUUGACGGGAGACUUGGACUCGUCGCUCGCCUCCUUGGCCAACAACCUUACCAUCAACAAAGCCACGGCACCGAAGCCGAUGCAGUGGAACUCGCCAAAGAACGGAUCGAAGCCGGGCGCCACGUGGAGCCCGCAGCCCAUGCAGGCCACCACCGGCGCGGGAUACCGCCCAAUGGGUCCAGGCAUGAACCUCCCGCCCAUGCUCCAUACUUUGCCCCAUACAUACCACCCCCCGCAUUACGUUAUGCAACAGCCAGGCAUGGUAAUGGGCAUGCCCGGGGCGCCGAUGCCGGCGAUGGCCAUGGGGCAACCUAUGCGACCGCAGUUUCCACCGCAGUCAACCAACCAGUUUAGCUAAAUAUGCUUAUUGUACUAGCGUUGUUAUAUCGCGUUUUCUAUGUAGUAUCUUAUUAGCGGAACUAUAUAGCUCCAGUGACUAUUCUAAAACUAAAUCUGUUGAAGACCUAAUAAGACGUAUUGUUUUAAUUAUGUCACUUGCUAUCUUAAUCAACGGUAAAUUGCUGACCCCCGUCAGCAAGAUUGUAAUAAAGUCGCCAGACAUCACAAAAAUGGAUCUGAUGCCUCGAUCGAAUGUAUCAAACGUAACAGUGAAUAUACCAGUCAAAUAUAAUUUAUUGGAAGGCUAUUUUCCUUUCUUACGUGUAGUAACAAUAAGUAAGAAGAUUGAAACUAUACCUAUUUAUUACGUGAUUCAUGCUAGAAAAAUCGGAUCUUCAGUAGAUUUGUCUGCCACAUUUUUUCUUUCUCGUGAUCUAGAGACAGUUAUAUAAAUACUUAACGAUGCUACAUAGAACUCAAGUAUACAAUAUACAUAUUCUAUUUUAUAACUGUUUCAACCCAUGAAUCGAGGUUAAAAGCCACUGUAAAUCUGACUAAGUAGUAAAAUAUCUCAGUAUACACAUGUAUAAAUAUUAUGUAUCUUAAUAAUACGCAGAUGUUACUGUUCUGUUGCGAGUUACCUAAUUAAUUGGUUAGUUAAUUGAUUUAUAUCAUCCAUUAAUUAUUAUGAAACAGUCAAUUAUUAUUAUUAUUUGGAUAUAAAUAUUAUAGUUUCUUCUAAUUAUUUUCUAUAAAAUAUAAUAAAAUUAUGAUUAUUUUAAUUCCUUAAUGGAUAUACUUUAUUUCACCAUGAGAAUAAGUAUUUUGUGUGCGUGAUUUGAAUACUAUUUUUCUAGAAAUGAAAUAUUUCGUUAGUAAAUUAUACACGAAACUUUAUUUAGCUUCGUACGACUAUUUAUUAUUAUGUCUUAAUGAAUUUUUCUUAUGAAAACGGUGCAUAUAUCAUUAUAUUCUGUUAUCAAACAUCACAUUCCAUAUUUGUACCUACAAAAAUAUAUUUGACUGCAGGUUGGUUAAAAUGUUAUUCCCGAUACCAAUUAUGACAUAUUUAGCAUUUCAACUGGAAUUGAAGUGAACAUCUCAUAAUAACUUUAACAAAACGUAAAUAUAUAAAUAUAACUUGUAAAUGUUAGUGUUGAUGCUUUAUGAAAUAAAAUAUAUCUAAUACCGUAGUGGGAUGCAUGAAUGCUGCAUACAUUGAUGGUAAGAAUAUUGGGUCCUUUAAUUUUCUUUUAGUUAUUCCAGAAGUACAUCAGUAAAUAUUUUCCAUCAACCAACAGCAUAUCAAAACUAUAACUUACACUUCAUUUCAUUCAAUAUUAUGAACAGUGUUUGGGCUUAUUGCGCGAUUUCUUAUGUUUAAAAUAUUCUAAUGACAGUCAAGUCAAUAAUGCGUCCCAAGUUUACAAAAUUCUUAAAUGAGCUAAAAAUUACUAGCCGAUUACUGUAAUAUACUUUAAGACUGUCAUCAGAUUUAUAUUUAUGUGUGGAAAUUAUUCUGUAUACUAUCCUAUAGUCAUAGCUUAAGCGUAGCAUAUCUGUUUCACGAAAUCCCACUUCUAGUGUUGUUUCGAUACAUAAAUAACCCUGUUAUUUCCAUAUCUUUGUAUAAUCUUAUGUAUAAAUUACUAUAUUAGAGAAACCCUUAACAAUAAAAAAAGAAAAUAUUUAAUUAUUGUUAAUCAAAGUGUACCUAUUAAUCAACAAUAACACAAGUCGAAAUAUCUGAGCACCACAAAAGGCUAUUUUGGUUGAACAAUGUUUAAAUAUUUUUGAAAUUAGGGUGUUUGUAUAGGAGUUAUUCGCAUUAGAUCGUUACUGAAAUUAGGUGUUACGGGUGUAUAUUCUAUCGUGUGGCUGUUGUGAAUAUAAGGACUAGGUGCUUAUUUCGGAAACUAUUCAACGUGCGUAUCGUGCAUUCUCAGUUAUCUUCGCCUCUACACGAUUUUAGACUAUUCUCUGAUUAUGACGAAAUGCACCCCUUGGUCGAAUGACAAUAAGACGUUUCUGCCAUAAAUAUUCAAUGAGAAAACCAUGCUUAUUGACAACCGGCCAAGUUGUAUGUAAGUUUAACAUAAGAACGUCAUAUUUGUUUUAUGAAGGGAAGCUGCUCUUGUUACUUUAAAAUUUUACAUUUUUCAGUUAUGAUAGUGUAAUAUGUAAUCUAAUGUAACUAAGUUACUUAUAUUAUUGAUUUUGAGAUGCAAAAAACGAAAUAAUUAAUGGUAUAUGAUAUCAUUUGCAAUUGUAUAUGAGAUCUGUUGUAAUUAUGAGUAGUUUAUGCAGUUUAGCCAGGUACUUGACAGUUAUGGCAGUUAUGAGUAUCGACAAUAUUGGUAAAUAUUGGCUUUACUUAUUCGCUAUCAUCUAGGUACGCUAUUAAUUGUCACAAGUUCCUAGCUCUACUUUUGACUGCUAGUAUUUAUUUGUGCAAUAUUUUUGUUAUUUAUAAACUACAGGCAUUUCGCAACUGGUUUGAAUAGUUACAUUUCGCACAUAUUUUUGGUGUGAAUAGUUACAUUUUAAGUUUGACUUCACAAAAAACUAAAACACUAAUUCCCAUUGUUCAUAAGGCUUCUAAGUUGCAAAUCAACUUAGGAAGAAAACAGCCUACUCUCAAAUAAGUACAUAAGUAGGUAUCUUAUAAAUGUUCUAUAGAAAAUAAAAUUUGUAUUAUUGCAGUAGCAUCUACACCACUUCUGUACAUGCCUAUUUUUAAAAAUAAUUUGCUUAUUAAAGCCAUACUAUAUGGUAAUUACAGUAUUAGAUGUCAGAUUUCCAUCAUACCCACGUUUAUUGCAUAGUGGAUUGUAAAGAGAAAAAAAAAAGAUUUGAUGCCGCUAUAUUUUGUUAAAGGAGAUUAAAAAUGAAAUACUGUUAUUACACAUAGUCACUGGCAUUUUCAGUUCGUUCUGUGAUGUGUGCUUCGACUGAUUUAUUUGAAAAUAUUAGAAUAAGGGAGGCGGGAGCCAAUGCAAUGUAGUAACUGUUUAGCGAGUGUAGAGUCGCCGAGCGAUGACGGUUUCUGAUUGAACUAGAGUCUUCUACGGCUAGGUCUGUAGAACAUAGUAUAGUCCAACAAUAAUCAUGACAGUAAUCAGUACAGCCUCAGUUAGCUUAGCCCCCGAUGUAGCUGCCAUAGUUCACAAUAUUUUGAACCACGACUCUGUUGAGACAGGGUGCAUAAGAGAUGAGAAUGAGAAUAUUGACAUAAUUGUUGUUGCUUGUGUGACUGCCCAAUAUGAUUUAUAAUUAUUAGCACUAGUUUAAACCUUUAAAAUUUUUAAGUUGUACAUUUUAUUCUUUUUAUCGAUAUAAUGUUUUGUUUUUUAUUUUAUGUAAAUACCCUCUUAUUAUUACUUAUAGUAGAUUUAUGUCAUGCCUUUAGAUAUUCAAUUUUAGAUUAUUUAUGAAAUGAAUAAAUCAUACAGAUUA